AGGAGUAAACACUUGUGGAGCUUCAUUAUCGCACUCUCAAAGCCACCACGCCUCCUUCGUACAUCGCAGGAUUAAUACUUUCUAACUUGAUCUGCAAGGCAAGUAUAUUUCUUCCUUGUUUCUUCCUUGUUUUUUUAGAGAAGUGGGAGGCAAAUGACGGAAAGCGGCACCGCAUCAACUCUCUACAUUCGCUGUGCAGGCAUGCACAGCAGAGGAGAACUGCUGCACGAAUUCUUCUACGCACACCGCGCGGCAUUAGGACUGGAUAGCUUCUACGAGCUGCCCAGCAGCUCCACUGGCGGUAACGGCCGUCAGGAUGCCGACGCCGACCAGAUGGCUGCGAGUGCAGAGGCGGAGCGAGCGUCCUCGCCACACUUGCCGGUGAGUUUUCCCGUGGAGGUGGUGUACGUGCGACAGUCACGGAAACCGUAUUUUCUCGUGGAGUGGCGUUACCCCACCGAAGACGAAGUGAAGAAGCAAAACACCGUGGAUGACGGCGCAACUCCCCACAAAACGGAGGACUCUUCUGCCCAGGAGGCAGCGCCGCCUCCGUCAAAGUCCAACGCAUCGUCUUCGCAGAACCGUUUGCCGACCGAUUUCCUUGCGCAGCUCGCGGAGCGCACAUUAGCUCUCGGAAAAGGCGAAGAAUCAGGCCGCAGCUUGACGUGGCGAGACCAGCCCGUGACGAUCAGCGCCGCCCUGGCAGGCAUGAAGGUGGCGACGGAGCGAACAAAGCUGGAGCUUCGUGACGCGCAGCUCAAAACCCAACGCGUGGCGGAGAAGCGCGCGAGGGAUGAAACUGAGGCCGAAAAAAAAACACAAGGAAGCGGUGCUGAGGCUGGCAAGCCGGCGCCCUAUUUUGUGCCUCGUAGCGUUCGCCGGCGCGCGUAA